AAAAAAUGACACGUGUGCCUUAUGCUUCUGCAAUAGGGAGUAUUAUGUACGCUAUGCUAUGUACAAGACCUGAUGUCGCACAUGCUCUGAGUGUCACGAGUAGAUAUCAGUCUAAUCCAGGCGAAGAGCACUGGAAGGUCGUAAAAUCAAUCCUUAAGUACUUGAGAAGAACUAAGGAUUUAUUUUUGAUCUAUGGAGGUGGGGAACUGAAACUAGAGGGUUUCACCGACUCUAGUUUUCAGUCUGAUAAAGAUGACUCCAAGUCUAUGUCAGGGUUUAUAUUCACUUUAAAUGGUGGAGCAAUAUGUUGGAAAAGUUCUAAACAAGAAACAGUUGCUGAUUCCACCACAGAAGCUGAAUAUAUUGCUGCAUCAGAUGCUGCAAAAGAAGCUGUUUGGAUAAGGAAUUUCAUUCAAGAGUUGGGUGUCGUUCCUUCAGCUGUUGAUCCAGUACCUAUAUACUGUGAUAACAAUGGAGCUAUUGCGCAAGCUAAAGAACCAAGAUCUCAUCAAAGAUCCAAACACAUUAUGCGAAGAUACCACUUGAUUCGAGAAAUCAUUGGUAGAGGAUAUUGAAUUGUUGGAAAUAGCUCGCACAUAUGAUACACACUCAUAAGAUGAGAAUGUUGCGUUUCAUCAACAUUAACGUAGUUGACGUAAGUGUAUAUAUG